AUGGCGAGUAAAGAGAUUGAUGUCGACGUUCUAGUCAUCGGCGCAGGCCCUACUGGUUUAGGUGCUGCGAAGCGUCUUCAGCAAACCAAUCAGGUAUCGUGGCUGAUUGUUGAUUCCAAUGAGACCCCAGGUGGUCUCGCAUCUACGGACGUAACACCUGAAGGAUUCUUGUUCGAUGUCGGUGGUCACGUUAUCUUCUCGCAUUACAAGUACUUCGACGACUGCAUUGAUGAAGCUCUACCCAAAGAGUCUGAUUGGUAUACCCACCAGAGGGUCAGUUAUGUCCGCUUCCGAGGCGGAUGGGUACCAUACCCAUUCCAGAACAAUAUCGCCGUUUUAGAUAAGGAGGAGAAAGUAAGGUGUCUAGAAGACCUUAUCGAUGCUGCCCUCGAAUCCCGUGUUCGGUCCCCCUCCGACAAGCCCAAGAACUUUGAUGAGUGGAAUAUUAGGAAUAUAGGGAAUCGUCUAAACGAAAUCUUUAUGCGCCCAUACAACUUCAAAGUUUGGGCCGUGCCUACCACUAAGAUGAACGCAACAUGGGUUGGGGAACGUGUCGCGGCUCCUAAUGUGAAACUACUCACCCGCAAUGUUGUUCUCAACAAGGUAGCUGGAAGUUGGGGCCCGAAUGCUACAUUUCGCUUCCCAGCCAACGGCGGCACAGGUGGGAUUUGGAUUGCAGUAGCAAAGACUCUCAACAAGAAGAACACACGAUUCGGUGCACACGGUACUGUGACUAAAGUAGAUGCUGACGCAAAGAAGGUUUACUUAAAAGAUGGCACGGUAGUCAAGUACAGCUCGCUCGUCUCUACCAUGGCUGUUGAUCAUCUUGCCGAGUCUUUGGGCGAUGUAAAACUUCAGCAGACUCUCAAGCCGCUCUUCUAUUCCUCUACCAACGUAAUUGGUAUCGGAAUCCGUGGUGAACGUCCUUCACGUAUUGGUGACAAAUGCUGGUUGUAUUUUGUUGAGGAUAAUUGCCCAUUCUACCGUGCCACCAUUUUCUCCAAUUACUCUCCCUUCAAUCAGCCGGGCAAGGAUGUUAAGCUUCCAACAAAGCAGCUCGCCAACGGGAAGAAACCUGUGUCGUCAGAUGCACAGUCUGGGCCUUACUGGUCUAUCAUGCUUGAAGUCUCUGAGUCUUCAUACAAGCCCGUCAAACAUGAGACGUUACUGGAGGAUUCUAUUCAGGGGCUCAUUAACACUAAUCUAUUAGAGCCAGAAGAUGAGAUUGUUAGUACGUACGUGCGUCGCUUCGACCACGGGUACCCCACCCCCAGUUUAGAGCGCAACGGCGUCUUAGCAGAAGCUCUUCCGUACCUCCAAAGAAAGGAUAUUCUUUCCAGAGGUCGUUUUGGAGCCUGGAAGUACGAGGUUGGCAACCAAGAUCACAGUUUCAUGCAAGGUGUUGAAGCAGUUGACCACAUUCUCUCGGGAGGUGUUGAACUGACUUUGAAUAAUCCCGACUUUGUCAACUCCCGUGCUAACACGGAGCGUCGCCUUACCAGCCAAAAGUAA